UCUUCCAGCAGUAACACAGAGAGAGGAGUCAUUAUGGAGCGGAAACUGGAUUUGACUCGUUUGACGGACGAAGAAGCCAAACAUGUGUGGGACGUGAUUCAACGAGACUUUAACCUGCGCAAGAACGAAGAAGAUCGACUAGGGAAGCUGAAGGACUCCAUUGACAAGGAGGACACAAAACGAGAGCUGCUGGGCUCCCAGAACCAACUGGCCGACUCGUUGUGCAUUCGCUGCCUGCAGCCCUUUAAGUUCCUAGUCAACAGCAAGCGUCAGUGCCUGGACUGCCGCUCGUUCAUCUGCAAGUCAUGUAGCCGCUACAACAAGAAGGAGCACGGCUGGGUGUGCGACAACUGCCGCAUGACCAGAGUCCUGAAGAUCGGCACCCUGGGGUGGUACCACGACAACGUCCGUAAUCGCUUUAAGCGCUUCGGCAGCGCCAAGGUGAUGAGAUCACUUUACAAAAGGCUGAACGGAGAAGGUGGACGUGAUGAUGACACUCAGAGCAUGCCAGAUGUCCGCAGCCAAGUUUAUGCAAAUGACGACGACCACGGAGAAGUUGAGGCGCAGCGAUACAAAUCGAUGCGUAAAAAUAAACGCCUGCUGUCAGUUCAUCCUUUUGACUUUGACUCGGAGGAAUACUUCCCUUAUUCAAGACGGCAAUCUGUGCAGCAAAUUCAGGAGGAUGCAGAAUAUGACAUGCACCUUCUGCGAAUGCAUCGCAGGAAAAGUCUGGAUCGAUACGCAAUGAGAAAUGAUGAUUAUGGUGAGAACCGCAUGGUUCGGACUCGUUCCCUGUCCAAGAUUAGCUCCAUGGCUCGCCAGCAGUACAUCGACACAUCUGAUGAAGAGGAGUACGGCAGAUUUCCACCCGUUUACCAGCCACCACAACCCUUUCGUCGCCGCAACAGCCGGGCUUCGUCUCAGGAGAACCUAGGUCAAGCCCCGCCAAUAAACGAGUUAAGCAAACGUAUGUCCGCCAUCGAAAGCCUGCUGAAUCGUUUGGAGGAGAAGAUAACGCCUGAUAAGGCAUCAGGGCCGUCGGGUAACGAGGAAGAGAAGCUAAGGAAGAAGUUGAGCGAGCUGGCAGGACAUCUAAGUGGCAAACCUUUGUCAUCAGAUGACGAGGCUGACAAGAAGAAAAGCUCCGGUGGCGUCAAGGGAGCGGCUGCACCGGAGGCUAUGAAGCAUCUGAGCUCGUCCAGCGAAGACAUCCCAAGUGAAGCUCAGAAGAAAUCCACCGCCUCCGCCCUUUGUGACCUCACCACUGAGGCCCUGAGAACCAUUAAUGCCACUGAAAACGCGAUGAUCGAGUUUGGCCUGUCAGAGCCGGCUGACAGAACCCACAUGUUAGGGACUGAUGCUAAGCAAGCCGAUGAUGCGUUCAGGGAACUUGAGGAAAAUGUGUACAUGGCAGCCGGGCAGUCGUUCGAACUGGAAAGCAAGUUGAUGCGACUGGAACAAAGUGCUACAAAUUGUUUUGGAGGGGCGACGGACUCUGAGCUUUCAGAGCUUGAGGACGUGGUGGCACUAACUGCUGCCCGAGUGCAGAGUGCUGAAAGCGAGGUUUCUGAUAUCGAGAGUAAGAUCGCAGCUUUGAAUGCUGCAGGUUCCAAGAAAAAGGUUUCUUCAUCUCAAAGAAAGAAGUAUACUCUCGAGCAUACUACCACCAGCAGGGAAGAGUCACAUGGCAGCGGCAAGCAGAUCGCUGCUGCAGCUGGUAAAACAGGCGUCCAUGGAACGGCCACACUCGUGGCCGACGAGGAGGCGAUCGUGAGCGCCGCUCCAGCAGCCGUGAAGGUCCACGCCCAGGUCCUGACCUUUUCUGCUUAUGGCGCGGAGGAUGUCCAUGGAACGGAGGUUGCGGAGGCUUCAGGACUGGAGGGCGCAAAGUUAGAGCUGACAGCAGAGCUGGAGAUGAGGCUGGCGUCAGCAGUGGAGCCACUGGAUACGAGGCUUGCGUCUGCAUCGGAGCAGCCAGAGUAUUCCUGGGUGGUGGAGAAACUGGAAAGAGGGGAUAAUCAAAGGAUCCAGGACAGUGCCGAACAUGUCUGCAAUCAUGCUUGCUUCACUGGGCAGAGCCUCAUCUCGCAGGGGAAGCAGUGA